AUGGAAAUAUUCUCGACUACUUCAGCCGCUGUAGGCUUGGCCGAUGUACUCUUUAAGACCACCUUGCAAUGCUACGAGGUUUUAUCCGAAACGAAAGAUCUCGCUGUCAAUCACGACCACUUUGUUUGGCAGCUCAAUACCGAGAAACAUCGUUUGAUAGGGUGGGAAAAGGCGUGGGGUUUAACGAGCGGUUCGGAUCGAAAACUGGACCCAGACGAUUACCGAUAUCGCUAUGCUGUGGGAACUUUGGCUAGAAUCGUCUCCCUCUUCACGAGUGCCGAUGAUCUGGAAAAAAAAUACGGCAUCCAAGCCAGCAAUUCGUCCCAGCAGAGUGGACCCUCCACUCCUUCUAGUUCAUGGCUAUCUGUGCGCUUCCCGCGUCACCUGCAACGGUCGCCCUCUCCUAGUGGAAGAACGAAAAAAUCAGGAGCGUCAGAAGUUCUCCCAGGCCUAGACGCCUCUGAUAUUAGAGCACUCGAAAAUCCCUCCAUCUUAGAGAGUAUGGAUCUUGUUCCUGGCCUGACGGAAGAGAUAAAGCGAAUCCAAGAGUCGACAGGUAGAUUGCAGCAAAUAUUGCCGCUUUACAGGAAACUGCGAUGGGCUGUUGUGGAUAAAACAAGAUCUGGUCAUCUCAUUAGAAAAUUAAAGGAAUAUAACGAUGGUCUCGUUGCUAUUCUUCCCACCCCCCAAUUCCCACAAAACACACUGUUGGACUGCCAGCCGUUCUUAAGAUUCCAUGUUCCAAUUCAACUACCUUUACAAAGAAACCAAUAUUUCCGGGGAAGGGAGGAUCUGCUCUCCGAGAUGAGCAUGAUAUUGAAUCCGAAAGUUGGAGCUACCAGCUAUCAAGCUGGACAGGCUGGUUAUGAACCUACCCAAAAAGGCCGGAUUGCGGUGCUUCACGGGCUCGGUGGGAUGGGGAAAAGUCAGAUUGCUACAGAGUACGCCUAUCGGAACUAUUCAAGCUCCUCAUACACCUCAAUCUUUUGGAUUGACGCUACAAGCCAGACUUCUCUUGCCCAAAGCGCAGUAAUAAUGGUCGAGCAGAUCAUUGCUUACUACCAAACGAACCCCCAAAGGUCUGAUAGCACAAUCGAACACAUAGGCACCCUAUUAGGUCUCUCUGGAUGUAUUGAGCCAAAUGGAACGAUACUGAAAGAUACUCCCUCUGCUUCGGUGAUCAAGGCGGCAAAAAGGUGGCUUUCAGAGCCGGGAAACAAAGAUUGGCUAAUCAUUUUCGACAACAAUGAUGAUAUAGAUUCCGUGAAUGUGCAUGACUUUCUUCCAAAGCUAGAGUUUGAUCAUGGAAGUACUAUAAUAACUACUCGAAGGUUCGAACUUCGGUAUCUAGGGACUGGAGUCGAGAUAGAUAAGAUAGAGGAAAAUGCUGCUAUCAGCAUUCUCUUGACAUCUGCAGGAAAACAUUCGGAUCCUACGGAAAAUGAUGAAGAUUAUGCGGAGGCCAGAAAUAUCUCAAAGAGGCUGGGAUAUUUCCCGUUGGCACUCGACCAAGCCGGCGGAUAUAUAUCAUCUAAGCAGAUACCGAUCUCUAAUUAUCUACCACUAUAUACUGCAAAUUACAAACGUGUUGCAUCAAAGAGCCACCGGGGGUUAGCAGAGCGAUACAGAAAUGACACGGUUUACACUACUUGGAAGAUUUCAUUUGAUUCCCUCCCUCAGCUUGCGGCUGAGCUGCUCCUGUUGUGUUCAUUUCUUGGGGGUGUGGAUAUCUCUGAGGAACUACUCUUGCGAGGAAAAGAAGCAGCUCCCCGGCUAUUUGAAGACGAUUCUUUGGCUGAUGACGCUCUCGACGCUCUCUUGUCAUUCUCGCUGGCAAGACGAAAGGUUGAUAUACAAUCAACAAAGCUUAAGCUUUCGUUUCAUCCAUUAGUUUUGGAGUGGGCUCGCGAAAGUCUUGAUGCCGACGAACGUUGCCGAUUCAUGGAGGAAGCUGUUUGUCUUGUUGGCACGACAUAUCAGCAUGAUCUCGAAGGAAUUCGGACAAUGAAUGAAUGGGUUUUUGGGAUGCAAAUUCUACAUCAUAUCAACACUGCCGUUGAAAAUACCCAAAAUCUACUCGAAUUAAACAAUACCUGGACUGAAGAGACAAUAUUUGCUAUAACUCAGAUAGCAAGACACUGCAAAUCCCAUAACUUGAUUGAGCCAGUAGCAGGAAUUCUAGAGACUCUCCUAUCAAGCCUUCUAGUCGAAAGAGAACUUAGUAGUACAAUGAGGAACGCUAUGGUGGUGCUGAUCGAUCUCUACCGGGGAUCUGGCCAGGUGGAGAAAUCUCUGGAGUUGAGUAAAAAGCUUCUAAAAUUUGAGGAGAUAUCGUUUGGUGAUGACCAUCCUCGUAUGGUGAAAGCUAAGUUUAAAUUGUGCUCCACACUGUACAAAGUUGGAAGAUAUGAGGAAUCGCUGGAAUUAUCGGAGAUCUUACUACCCAUUAGUGAGAGGUUUUUAGGAAAAGAGGAUUCAUUGACUUUGCGUAUAAUUGGCAGAAUUACUGGUUGCCUCAUGAAGCUGGGCAGGGGCGCCCAGUCGCCGGGGGCACAGAGGUUGUUAGCAGCAAUCAAAGAGAAAAAGUUGGGAAAGGACUAUCCUCAAGCCUUAGAUGCCCUUCACAGUUCGUCCUGUUCCCUUAGCCCACUGGAGAGGUAUGACGAGUCGAUGGAAAUUCGCAAGAGGGUGGUAGCGGUCAAAGAGAAGGUCCUAGGGCAUAACCAUCCAGAAACCCUAGAUACCCUUUACGAUUUAGCUAAAUCCCUCUACCGGCUGGGGAGGAUUGAAGAGUCGAUGGAAAUUGAUAAGCGUGUGGUAGCGGGCAGAGAGAAGGUCCUAGGGCAUGAACAUCCAGAAACCCUAAACGCCCUUCAUAAUUUGUCCUGUUCCCUUAGCCGACUGAAGAGGUAUGAAGAGUCUAUGGAAGUUGAUAAGCGUGUGGUAGCGAGCAGACAGAAGGUACUGGGGGAUGACCAUCCAGAAACCCUAGACGCCCUUCACAGUUUGGCUAGUUCCCUCUACCGGCUGGAGAGGUAUGAAGAGUCGAUAGAAAUUCGCAAGAGGGUGGUAGCGGUCAGAGAGAAGGUCCUAGGGCAUGACCAUCCAGAAACACUAAACGCCCUUCAGAAUUUGUCUGAUUCCCUCUACCGGCUGGGGAGGAUUGAAGAGUCGAUAGAAAUUCGCAAGAGGGUGGUAGCGGGCAGAGAGAAGGUCCUAGGGCAUGACCAUCCAGAAACCCUAGAUGCCCUUUACAAUUUGGCUAAAUCCCUCUACCGGCUGGGGAGGAUUGAAGAGUCGAUAGAGGUUGUUAAGCGUGUGGUAACGAGCAGAGAGAAGGUACUGGGGGAUGACCAUCCAGAAGCCCUAGACGCCCUUCACAGUUUGGCUAGUUCCCUCUACCGGCUGGAGAGGUAUGAAGAGUCGAUAGAAAUUCGCAAGAGGGUGGUAGCGGGCAGAGAGAAGGUACUGGGGGAUGACCAUCCAGAAACACUCAACGCCCUUCACAGUUUGGCUAGCUCCCUCUACCGGCUGGAGAGGUAUGAAGAGUCGAUAGAAAUUCGCAAGAGGGUGAUAGCGGGCAGAGAGAAGGUCCUAGGGCAUGACCAUCCAGAAACACUCAACGCCCUUCACCGUUUGUCCGUUUGCCUUCACAAGCUGAAGAGAUAUGGAGAGUCGAUAGAAAUUGGCAAGCGGGUGGUAGCGGGCAGAGAGAAGGUCCUAGGGCAUGACCAUCCGAAAACUCUGGAGGCCAUUCAAAAUUUGGACGUUUUCCUUGGUAAUACCCAUGGAUGGGCGGGGGCAGUCGCUAGCUGGGCACGGUUGACAGCGUGGCUCCACCCCCAUGUGUCGGGGGGCAAGAAGAAGAGGAAGAGCUGCAGAAACUCUGAAAUAUACAUUCCACCCAAGACGGUCGAGUCCUCAGGAGCUCACAUGUACAGCUAA